AUGAGUAGGAUGUUUCCAACCUCAACAACAGUUAAUGAAACAGAGAACCAUAAUGCUUCGCAACAACUUCACCACCCAAAAGAUGCAGGCACUCUCUUUGUCCUCAAAUCAAAAGGUUCAUGGAUGCACUGUGGUUACCACUUGAUAACUUCAAUUGUGUCUCCAUCAUUACUAAGUCUUCCUUGUACUUUCACCUUCCUAGGAUGGAAGGGUGGAAUAUUUUGUUUGGUAAUUGGAGGUUUGGUCAGUUUCUAUUCAUUUAAUCUGAUAUCUCUGGUCCUUGAGCACAAUGCUCAUUUGGGAAAUCGACAGCUUCUAUACAGAGACAUGGCUCGUGACAUUUUAGGUCCACGUUGGGGUCGAUUUUUUGUGGGGCCAAUUCAAUUUGCAAUGUGCUAUAAUAAUGAAGUGCUUUGUGCUAUUCUUGGGGGACAAUGCAUGAAGACAAUUUAUCUGCUGUCAAAUCCAAAUGGGACUAUGAAGCUUUAUGAGUUUGUAGUGAUAUUUGGAUGCUUCAUGCUGAUUUUGGCACAAAUUCCAUCUUUCCACUCAUUGAGACAUAUUAAUGUGGUGUCUUUGGUCAUGUGCUUAAUCUAUAGCCUUUGUGCUACUGCAGCUUCCAUAUAUAUUGGAAACUCAUCAAAUGGACCAGAAAAGGAUUAUUCUGUAAAAGGUGAUACAGCAAAUCGGUUAUUCGGAAUCUCUAAUGCCAUUGCCAUCAUUGCCAACACUUGUGGCAGCGGAAUAAUUCCAGAAAUUCAGGCAACAUUAGCACCACCAAUUAAAGGGAAAAUGCUGAAAGGACUAUGUGUUUGUUAUGCUGUACUUGCAUUCAGUUUCUUUAGCGUAGCCAUCUCUGGCUAUUGGGCAUUUGGAAAUCAAGCUGAGGGCCUCAUUUUUAGCAACUUCAUAGAUAAUAACAAGUCUUUGGCUCCUAAGUGGUUAAUUUAUAUGCCCAACAUUUGCACAAUAGCCCAACUAUCAGCUAAUGGUGUGGAGUAUUUGCAGCCAACAAAUGUAAUACUAGAGCAAAUAUUUGGAGACGCAGAAAGCCCCGAGUUUUCUCCUCGCAAUAUAAUUCCAAGAUUGAUUUCUCGAUCAUUAGCUGUAGUUACUGCAACUACUAUAGCAGCAAUGUUUCCCUUUUUUGGGGACAUAAACUCGCUAAUAGGAGCAUUUUGUUAUAUGCCACUUGACUUCAUUUUGCCAAUGAUUUUCUUUAAUGUGACAUUUAAGCCAUCCAAGCGAAGCCCCAUUUUCUGGUUGAACGUAACUAUUGUUAUUGCUUUCUCAAUAUUGGCAGCUAUAGCAGCAGUUGCAGCAGUUAGGCAGAUAGUUCUUGAUGCCAAAACUUAUCAAUUAUUCGCUAAUGUAUAA